GGAAGCGCCUCCCCGCCGGCCGCCGGCCACCGGCUCGCUGCCCGCCCCCUGCCGCCGCCUGCCCGCCUCGCCGAGCGGCAGCCACGCGCGCGGCUCUGCGUGGCCGCGCUCCGCCAGUCCGCUGGCCGCCCGCCAUCCACGAACACCACCUACAAGGGUCGCCCCAAAUCCUUACGCCAGAACCGGCGCUGACCGGAGUGCCCCGCCCCGGUAAAAAAAAACCCUACUCCAAGACAGCGUCGUGAAGUCACCGACGUCAACUCCGAUGGCGUCCUUCCCGCCGCCGCCGCACACGCUACCUCCUACCCCGACAGCACCCUACCCGGCAACACCUCCGCCUCUGCACCACCACCACCACCAGCAGCAGCAGGGGCCCGCUCCACCGGGGGCGGCGACGCUUCUGGUGAGGCAUCUCCCAGAGGCGAUCACGCAGGAGAUGCUAUCCCGCCUCUUCUCCCACUACGGCGCCACAUCCGUCCGCCCCUGUUCCGGUGGAAAGUUGAGGAAUUGUGCAUUUGUAGAUUUUAGGGAUGAGGCGGCAGCCAAUCACGCACAUUCGCUUUUGAACAGGUUGAGGUUUCUGGGGAAAGUGUUGACUGUCGAGCGAGCUAACCGUCCAAAUGCAAAUGAUUCUCACCUGAAGCAUCAGGACCAAUUAGUGCAUGGGGUGUCCCAGGUACCAAGUAUUAGUUCCCAAAAUCAGAAGGAUCACACAUCGACUGCUGAACCAAUUGCCCCCAAGCUUGGUGUGGACUAUCCAUUCCCUCCGCACCUUGAGUAUGCAUAUCCACCACCAGAUGGAAACAUAUUGACAAAUAUUGUCAAUGCCCUGAUUGCCGUCCCUCGAUUCUAUAAUCAGGUCCUGCAUUUAAUGAACAAGAUGAACCUUCCUGCUCCAUUUCGGAUGGCAUUGCCUACUCCACCCCUACCAUCGCAACUGCCUGUUACCCCUCAUCCACAGCCACUACCGCAAUCUGCUACCACCGGGGAGCUUCAUACGGCUGAUUUGUCUAGUGAUGAGUCUGAGUUAGAAUCAUCUGAUGAAGAUAUUGAUAAACGGAAAAGCAAACGUGCAAAGCAUGAAGCAAUUGUUGGUCCGGCAGUUGAUAAAAAUGUUGCUCAUGAAGCAGUGGGGGUGAAACCUGCUGCAUUGGUUUCUAAUGAGCUUCAAGUGAUCAAAAAGAAAAACCCAGUACUUCAGAUAAAAAUUGCCCCUAAGCCUAUGCAGAAGGAACCACCUGUCCCAAGUAUAACUGAAAAUGAACCGGAUUCAACUCAUGAACAACUUCAAGAGAAACAUUUUGUCACACCCCAGGAAAUGUUGAGAGAGAAAUUACCACCAGAGGAGAUUUUAUCCCUUCCUAUGUUCAAGAAUUACACUCCAGGAAAUCCUGCCAGUGUUUUGUACAUUAAGAACUUGGCAAAGGAUGUCACUCAUGAUGACUUCUAUUAUGUCUUUGGUUCUGUAUUCGAAAGCAUGGACAGUGCAAGGCUGGGUCUAAGUAUAAAGUUAAUGCAGGAAGGACGGAUGCGUGGUCAAGCCUUUGUCACAUUUCCCACGGUUGAACUUGCUCAACGUGCCCUGAAUCUAGCGCAUGGCUACGUGUUCAAAGGAAAACCAAUGAUCAUACAUUUCGGAAGAAAUCCUGCUGCUAACAAAGCUUCCUAAAACAUGACACAUUUUUAUUUCCAGAUUUUGACAGAUAUCAGAAGUUGGUAGGAACUGGAAAGUGACAAUCAGAGGUUGAGGGUAUCUGUUGACUGUUGUUAGUGCAACCUGUUUGACAUUACACAUUAGGCUGAUUGGUUCCUUCCAUGGUGUAAUUUUUGUUGAAAAAGAACAUUGUACAUUUCAAUUUGUUAUAUUGUAAAAAUUACUCGGUGAAAACGGACAUGGAGGUUUUAAGCUGCAGAUCGAGCUAUCACUCUA